CAGGUUCAGAGUGUAAUCCCAGAUUUACACUGACUCUGGCUGCUGAGCUCAGUUGCAUUGCCCACUCGCCCAGCUCCCGAUCUGGCACGACACUCAUCUCCGUUCCACCACGGGCCUGUAAACCUAACACUCCCCCCUGGUUCUCUGACCGGUUUCGUCCCCCCAGCUGUGACCUGUGCUUUGGGAUGUUCCUGUAGUCGACGCUGAGGGUGAAGCAGCAUCAUGCCGUGUUCCUGUGCAGAGUGGCGGAGGUGGAUCCGCCCGCUGGUUCUGGUUCUGUACGCUCUUCUGCUGGUGGCCGUGCUGCCGCUCUGCAUCUGGGAGCUGCAGAAGGACAAGGUUGGGACUCACAGUAAAGCCUGGUUCAUCGCCGGUGUGUUUGUCUUCCUGACCAUCCCAAUUUCACUGUGGGGAAUCCUGCAGCACAUAGUCCACUACACCCAGCCGGAGCUGCAGAGACCGAUUAUCAGGAUACUAUGGAUGGUGCCCAUCUACAGUCUGGACAGCUGGCUGGCUCUGCGCUACCCCAAUCUGGCCAUCUACGUGGACACGUGCAGGGAGUGCUAUGAGGCCUACGUCAUCUACAACUUCCUGGUGUUCCUGUUGAACUUCCUCAGCAACCAGUACCCGAGCCUGGUGCUCAUGCUGGAGGUCCAGCAGCAGCAGCCACACCUGCCCCCGCUCUGCUGCUGCCCACCAUGGCCCAUGGGAGAGUAAGAGGACGGAUGUCA